AUGACAAGACCUACCUCGCAGACUCCUACUCCCGUCUCAGCACGGAACGGGUUCGGUGCAGCGAGCCAGUUCGGGCGCGAAGCGUACGCACAAGGCGCUGCACCGUCGUACCCCUGCACGCCGCUCCCACCACCGCGUCAGCAUCUCGGCGCAGCGAUCCAUACGCCUGGGAUGGCCACCACCCAUCUCAUGGCUUAUCCCCGUGCGCAUCAUCCCCCGACAUCCUUCCUGCACACGCCAAUAGAAUCGCGGUCGCCACACAUACGACCGAUGAGCAUCUCGCAGGCCAGUCGCCCUCUCUCCACCAUUCCCAAUACGCCGCUCUCGGUACACGGCCCGAAUAAUCCCCUCUCUGCGCCAUCGUUGGCCACGACACCGAGCCAGCUACAUACCCCCAACAAGGUCGCACAAAUCAUGCCAAAGCUCGGAAGCGUAAUCCAGCCGGACAGCAUGCAACUUGCGAACGUAUGUGCGCUUCGCGAGCUCGGUGGGCAGGAUUGCUUCGUCGGCAAGGCCUUGUCCCCCGCGAUCCUUUGCUACAGCAUCAGCACCGACGGACGUAUGCAUAUCCACCAAGUUCUCCAACGCGCGAGCGUCCUUUGCUUGUGCGAGGGCUGA